GCGUUGCAAGUAGCAUGCGCACAAACUGAAAUCUGUAUCAAAUUCAUAAGAGUAAAGUUGAGAAAGCCUGCUUUUCCCUCCACUCUCAAAAUUAAGUGAGUUUGCGACUGUUCCUCUAUGAAGCGAUUUUUCAAUGUAAUCGUGGAGAGGUUAUUUGUUUUUAAUAAAAAAUAAUUUUUUUUAAGGAUAUUCUUAAACAUAAUUUAAUUCACAAAAAUGGGUGAUGAAGUUAAUCCAAAAGCAUAUCCCUUAGCGGAUGCUACUUUAACUGCAAAAAUUUUGAAUCUAGUACAGCAAGCAAUGAAUUACAAGCAACUAAGGAAAGGAGCUAACGAAGCGACAAAAACAUUGAAUCGUGGUUUAUCAGAAUUUAUUGUAAUGGCUGCAGACGCACAGCCUUUAGAAAUUUUGUUACAUUUACCACUGUUGUGCGAAGAUAAAAAUGUUCCAUAUGUGUUUGUAAGAAGCAAACAAGCUUUAGGUCGUGCUUGUGGUGUAUCCAGAUCUGUCGUUGCAUGUUCUGUUACAGUCAACGAAGGAUCACAAUUAAAACCACAAAUUCAAGCUAUACAACAAGAAAUUGAACGUCUUUUAGUCUAAGUAUUUUGUACCUGAUUUAAAAUCUUAUUUUUAAAUUUGUAUUUCAUACAUUCAUUUAUAUUUUUGACAUAAAAUUUUU